UCCGUCUCAAGCAAAACACUAAACAUACAGGCGCUGUAUGCUCAUCUCCAGGACAACAAAACACCCAGAGAGAGAGAAAAAAACAAAAAUAAACAAAAAACAAUUGCGCAGUAUACCAUGGCUCAGGACGGGGUGAUACUACAAUUCAACUUUCCCACGUUUGGGGACUCCAUGCUUCAAAAGAUGGAUGUUCUUCGUCGAGACAGACGUUUCUGUGAUGUAGUGAUCCGCAUCAAUGAAUUGGCAGUGCCUGGACACAAAGUGAUAUUUGCUGCUGGCUCUCCUUUUCUUAGAGACCAGUUUUUCCUUCAGGACUCGCGUGAAGUACAAAUAUCUACACACCAGGACGCAGAGGUUGGACAGAGGCUUCUUUUGUCUUGUUACACUGGGACCCUUGAGUUCCCGGAGCUGGAAUUAGUACACUACUUAACCGUUGCUAGUUUCCUACAGAUGGGUAAUAUUGUAGCACAGUGCACCGAAGCUCUAAAUAAAUUCAUAAAACCACACGAGGUUAAAGACGAGCGUGCAUCAUCUCGACAGCCCUCGGACUAUAACGCACAGCGUGGCCCAUCAGCUGUGGAGACAAUAUGUGAUGAAGAGGAUGAGGUAAACAAUGAUGGAGAAGACAACUUCAUUGAAGAAGAAGAUGAUGAUGAUGAUGAUGAUGUAAUCAUACAGCCCAAGUCUCCGCCUGUGUUUAGAAACUCUCAGAGCAACAAUCCCAGAGACGAGUACAGUCCCAUUAGCAUUGUUAAGGUGGAAUCAAUAGAUGAGCGGAUGUCUGAUAACUUCCAGAGUCAGUCAAAUCGCUCUCCGAAAUUGCGCUCACCUGAGCCACAACACUCCCUGAUAAACUCCACAGUGGAAACCCGGCCUGCCGUGCUCACUGUUAACCCUGCAGCUGACUAUUCAAUGUCCUUACCUGGAACCAGUGGCUCCGGGAAAGGGAAUCUUUGGGGAUUCUCAAGGAAUUCCGAUAAAGGAAUGCAGUGGUACCACCAGUGCCCGAAAUGUGCUCGCGUGUUCCGUCAACUGGAGAACUACGCCAACCAUCUGAAGAUGCACAAGCUGUUUAUGUGCGUCUUGUGUGGAAAGACAUUUACCCAGAAAGGAAACCUGCACCGGCACAUGCGUGUCCAUGCCGGCAUCAAACCCUUCCAAUGUAAGUUAUGUGGAAAGACUUUUACCCAGAAGUGCUCGCUGCUGGACCACCUGAACCUUCACAGUGGAGACAAACCACACCGUUGUAAUUACUGUGAGAUGGUGUUUGCGCAUAAACCAGUUCUACGUAAACACCUGAAGCAGAUCCAUGGAAAAAACAGUUUUGACAAUGCCAACGAAGGCAGUUUGCUUGAAGGAUUAUAAAUUCAUAUUAAAAUAAGUUACGCAGACAUAACUUUGUCUUGCAGACACAAUUCCGUAAAUCAGUGGAUCUCAAGCAGAUGGGGCUCGCCUCAGCAAACUUCCAAGAGGGCCCCAGCAAGUCUUAAAAGAGGCAAGACUUAAUCCUAGUCCCAGACUAAAAUGUAUGUUUGCUGACAUAUCUUAAAUUAUGUCAGUGCCAUUGUUUUGUCUCAAGAUGCAAACUAGUAAGGUUUCUUUUUUCUAAGGUACGGUUACUUAGGUAUAAAAACUACCCAAAUGGGUAACACUUUAUAAUAACUACACGCUAAUUAUCAUUAGUUAAGCAUGAGUCAACAGUUCAUUCAUC